CUUGGAGAGAUUCCAGUCACGCCCAGGCCUCCAGAGUUCCUGGCCUGUCCCGAGGCCUGGGUCGGGUACAACAGGGUCUGUUACUACCUCUCCAGGGAUGAGGGGACCUGGGAGCAGGCUCGGGAUCGCUGCUCCGAGCUCGGGGCCUCCCUGGCCGUGCUCAGCGACAGGGAAAUGGGCUUCCUCUUCCGCCUCAAUGACAACCUGGAUUACUGGCUGGGGCUGCGGAGACGGGGCGAGAGGUUUCAGUGGGUGGACGGCAGCAGCUACAACUCCUCGCUGGAGGUCCUUGGCAAUUCAGAGUGUGUGUACCUGGCGGACAAUAAACUCAGGAGCGAGGACUGUUCAAAGCAGCUGCCGUAUCUCUGCAGCAACCCCCAACCCCACCUGUAAUGGAAGUGAGGGAGAAAGGACCUUCUCCGUCCUGAAGACUCACAGCUUUCCUUCUUCCACGAGCCCAGGGAUGUCCUUCCACAGAUGAACAUUUACUUUGUGCCACAUCUCAGCACAACCUCAGGAACCUCAGUGCCUUUUGUCAUUGUCACCUCAGUAGCUGGUCUCAAGGAGGUGAACCUGCAGGGACAUGAUGUGUGCCUUCGUGGACUAGGGGUUUCUUUCUCCAGAAGUUUUCCUAAUUUUCUCAUGGCCAGGCUUCGCAAACGAAGAUUUGGGAAGGGCUUUACCCACGUUUCUUGCAAGCGUGUUGAUGGCUAAAAAGGCCAAUAUGAGACAGGCAUGUCUGGUUGGGUCCUAAUUUUCUAUCACUUAACGGUGUGGAUGCAUAACACUACAGUGCUUUAAUGUGCGCAUAUGAAGUAUUUGGCCACUGCUGAAUAUUCGAAUGUGAACAUACAAUGUCCUGAUUGUGGCCUCAGCAGUUACUGUAUCAGUGCUGCUGCUGUGCUUCUCUCUCCUUCUCCUUUUUUUAUAUUUAUAAUAAAGUUUGUGCGACCCCA